AUGUUGCAACUCUGGAAAUUUGUUGGAAUAUGCGGUUUUAGAGCUCGCGAAUUCAAUUCAACUGCAUCUUCCAUAAAAAGUAUCUGUGUAGUUGGAUCCGGUUUGAUGGGUUCCGGAAUUGCACAGGUAGCAGCACAAGCAUCGAUAAUGGUAACAUUAGUCGACAAGUCGGACGCUGUUCUAGAUAAAUCGAAAAAGUACAUCCAGAACAAUUUGGAACAACUAACAAAAAAGCAGUGCAAAGAUGUAAAGAUGCAAACAUCAAUCAUUGAAAAUACAAUGGAGAAAAUAAUGAUGACGAAAAACCUGAAGCAAGGUGUUCAGAAGGCAGAUUUAGUGAUUGAAGCAAUUGUUGAAAAUCUACCAAUGAAGCAAAAGUUGUUCGAACAAAUUGAGGCCGCUGUUACAAAGCCGAUAUUACUUGCUAGCAAUACAUCUUCACUGAAGCUACAAGAUAUUGCAAGAAAUUUGAAAAAUAAAUCAAGAUUUGGCGGUCUCCAUUUCUUCAAUCCUGUACCAGUAAUGAAAUUAUGCGAAGUAGCACGGCUGACGGAAACAUCAGAUGAUACAUUUAAUGCCCUCCAGUCGUUCGGGAAAACGAUCGGUAAAAUAACGGUCGCAUGCAAGGAUGUUCCCGGUUUCAUCGUCAAUCGCCUACUGAUUCCGUAUCUGAUAGAAGCAAUUCGAAUGUCUGAACGGGACGAUGCAUCACCGCAGGACAUCGACACAGCAAUGAAGCUAGGAGCUGGCUAUCCAAUGGGACCGUUUGAAUUGCUAGAUUAUGUGGGUCUUGAUACGAUAAAAUUCAUCUUGGAUGGAUGGCACGAAUCUCACCCAAAUGAGAAACAGUUCAAUCCAUCUCCGAUGCUGAACAGACUGGUGGCUGAAGGAAAACUUGGAAAAAAGUCCGGUGAAGGAUUCUACUCUUACAAAUAG